AUAAAGAAACAUAACCUUUUUACAAUUUUAAAUUCCAUCUGAAUCAAUAGCAAUGAAUGCAGUAGGUUAAGAAAACUGAUUUGGUCUUCUAAAGCAAUGUUUUCUGUCCAGUGCUGUCCUUGCAUUUGCAGUCCUCCCCAGUGGCAUCCCGUGCAAUUGGAGUAGAGAUCCUUUCAUUGUACGCCAUGCCUGUUAGCUGGGCAGCUAUGGAAGUGAGGGGAGAAGAAAUAACACAUCUCCGAUCACACAGAAAUUCCAGUACAGCUGGCAGUAUCCGUGCAAAUGAAUAAGAUACAACAAAUCCUACUGAACUGUGGGGCAGAAAAAGCAUAUAUUUAAGCUAUUCCAGAAGGCGUGAGCUGAACACCCUGACCAAAGUACGUAAUCGUUUGAUUGGUACAAGUUGAUUGUGAGGAUCCAGGCACAAAUGUAGAAAAUGAGGAAGAGAGAGAUCUAGUUAGUAAGUAAUUCCUGGCCGUAAUGCAGGUUUGAACAAACAAUACAGUCUCCCCACAGUAAGGACAGUAUCUCAGCUUCAGCACUCUCCAGCACAAGUAUAUUAUUCCUUCCUCUCACCAAGAAGAAAAUGAAAAACAAGACUAGUUUUGUUCCGCAAGAAGGAGAGGCGCGUUCUUCCAGAUGUCCGGAUAACAGUGCAUUCAAACAGCAAAAGCUACCAGCUUGGAAGCCCCAGCUUACCAUUGCGAAUGUGCUCUCCAGCUUCUUUCUCAUAGGCACGUUCUGCCUUACUGUGGGAGUCUGCCUCAUACUGUCCACAAACAGCAUCGGAGAAAUCCAGAUUGAUUAUUCAGAUAAAUGCUCAGAUUGAUCAAAACUCCGUGAAAAUUCCUCUAGUUGGAAUAAGGAAUGCUACUGUUCUGUUAAUUUCACACUAAAGGAAGGUAUAUUGGGUGAGGUUUUUAUGUACUAUGGCCUGCAAAACUUCUAUGAAAACCACCGUCGAUCCAUGAUAUCAAGAAGUGAUGCACAAUUGUUGGGUCGAAAUGUAAAUAUUCAGAAGAGCUACUGCGCACCUUUCACCACCUACCGGAACAGGACGCCCAUGGCUCCAUGCGGUGCCAUUGCCAACAGCAUGUUCAAUGAUAUUAUUGAUCUUUUUUACAGUCUUAACUCAUCUGUUAUUCAAGUAUCGCUGCUGAAGACUGGAAACAGUUGGUGGACAGAUAAAAAUGUGAAAUUUCGCAAUCCAAAAUCAUACAGUCUCUCCCCUGCAUUUGCAGGGACAGCAAGUCCUCCUUACUGGCAGAAGCCGGUGUAUCUGUUAGACGAGGAAGAUGAAAGGAACAACGGUUAUGUAAACGAUUACUUCAUUAUCUGGAUGCAAGUGUCAGCCUUUGCUACAUUCAGAAAUCUUUACCGUCGUUUCAGAUGGAUAUUUGCAGAUGGCCUCCCAGCAGGGAAUUACACUUUUCAUAUUUCCUAUAAUUUCCCUGUUAGCAGGUUCAAGGGGAGGAAGCAUGUGAUUCUUUCCACUGUGGUAUGGAGCGGAGGAAGUAACCCAUUCCUGGGAAUUGCCUACGUGGUUUCUGGCACAGCAGCAACCCUGAUGGGUUUUGUCAUAACUGCCAUCCACUUAAAGCUCAGAAAAAAGAAAACAUACUUUCAGAAGUAAUAAGGCUCCGUGGCUUUCUGGACAAAGGCAAAGAACAGAUAAGGGAGGACAUUAUUUCUUGCAAUUUUUUUCUUUUGGGAAGUGGAUAUUUAAUAAGUGGGAAACUGGACAAAGGAUUCCUGUUAGUGGAUGUAAUCUGAAGUUAUGUGGUAAACAUGGACCAAAACAGGUCUCCUGUGAGAUCCAGUGAUGAUCGCAGCUGGUCUUUGAAGCAGCUGUCUUUCUGCGCUUGCACUUCUGGUUUUGCAGUUAAUCAUAAAAAAAAAAAGGACAUUGAUCCUGAAGCAAGUUGAUGAGCUAAGAAGUAAAGCUACAGAUAAGAUUUUAUCUGCAUAUUUUUGUUACUGAUAAAAUGAAUUAAAUACAUGAAUUGCUUAA